ACAUGGCGGACGAAACGACUUGUUGAGCCUACAAAAUUUCUCUCUCAAAUCUAAAUUUUAUGAGUAAUUCACGAAUCAUAAUACGAUAUAUAUAAAAUAAUCGAACUGAGCAAAGUAUCUGACAUGUUUGAAGUUGAUGAUUGGGAAGGGAGUACAGAACAAGAAGGGCUUAUUUCUGGUCUCUUUGGAACCAAAAUUUGUCAUGUUGAUCAAGAGAGUAAAUUUGAAUCGAUGAAGGAGUCUACGAAAAAAAAGAAAAGAAAAAGAAGAAAGGAAAAAAGUACAGAUAUGAAGGAAGAAGAGAAUGGGGACGAACAGCUGGGGGUUUUUAAGAAAGAAGGAUAUCUAAAACCAGCUGAUUUAGUAGAAAAGGAUGCAAGUAAUCUAAAAGCUAAAAAGAUAAAAACUUCUUCUUUGUUGCCUGAAAAUACUGAUGCAUCAGUAUCAAAUGAAUCUAUUGAAGUAACCAGCUCAAGGAAGAGAAGAGAUAGAAGSAAAAAGCAAAAAGCUAGGAUAGAAAACAAGGACGACAAAGGAAACAAUAAAGAAAAGGGAAAAGAAGAGAAUGAGGAAAAUGAUAUUAAUGCCACAAAAUCUGACUCAGGACAGCAAAAAUCACUACAAGUGACAAAUACAAACAAGGUCAGAAAAAUACCAAAUAAGAAAUCAGAAUUGCAAGACAAACUAAAGAGUAAGUUAGACUCCUCAAGAUUCCGAUGGAUUAAUGAACAGCUGUAUACGAUAACUGGUGACGAGGCUCUGGAGCUGUUUAAAGAUGACGAUUCCAUGUUUGAUGUUUAUCACCGAGGCUUCAGAAGACAAGUAGAACACUGGCCUGUGAAUCCUGUUGACGUUAUGGUUGACUGGAUAAAGCAAAGGCCUAAAUCAUUAGUUAUAGCAGAUUUUGGAUGCGGGGAUGCAGCCAUAGCACAAUCAGUACCAAACAAAGUCCACUCCUUUGACUUGGUGGCCAAGAAUGAUUGGGUUACAGCCUGCAAUAUGGCAAAGGUUCCCUUAAGUUCCAGCAGCGUAGAUGUUGCUAUAUUCUGUCUUUCAUUGAUGGGAACAGAUCUAGAAUCCUUCAUAAGAGAGGCACACCGAGUCCUCAAGCCUGGUGGAGUGCUGAAAAUUGCUGAAGUUGUUAGUAGAAUUAAUGUAAACACUUUUAUACCAUCGCUGUGUCAGCUGGGGUUCAAAACAGAUUUAAUAGAUGACUCCAACAAGAUGUUUAUUCUCAUGGAUUUCGUCAAAAACAGUUCUACUGAGAAACGAAAAGCAAAGCUUGAUCUCUCUGGCCUUUCAUUGAAACCUUGUAUUUAUAAAAGACGUUAGGGCAUUAUAAAAAAAAAUUGCAAUCUAGUAAUAUAAUCCCAAUAGACCUCUAGAAAUUAUUUGACUAGGUUUUGAAAUUUCCUUUCAGUUUAUCCCCACUUGUUUUAAGAAUCCAUUUUAAGUGAAGAAGACAAAAUACAAUCUUGAAGUGCUUGAA